GAGCAGAGGAGGAAAGAGGGCUGGGGAGCGUAGCCAGAGCUGGGCUGCCUGCCACCAGGCUCACGUUCGCGAGCUCGAGAGCUGGGGAGGAGUGCACCUCCAACCACUGACAAAGGAUGGGAGGAUGCCGGCGCCCCGGGAUGCUGGCUGCGCGCAGCCUGGCGGCCGCCUGAACCACUUCAUCCUCCCACGUAAAUGUACCCAAGAAGAGUUCUGAGAGGAGACAUUCAGCUGUCCUGCUGUGAUUAAGCAAGACACUGCCAUAUUUUAUCCGCAUUUGGCAAACAAGGAUAUGAACAACUGUGCAGGUGGGCUGCUCAGGGUGAGUGAAGAGAUAAGGCGUCCAAUCAGGGUUUGGCCACCUGCAGCCCUGCCGAUAUGCCCCUCCACCAGAUUUCUGUAAUCCCAGCCCGGGAGACCGCCAGCAAUGGAAGUUCAGUGGGCAGAAACAAAGAGAAGAACAAGGAAGUCGAGAAUGAAAAGUCCCCAGGACGAUCUGCAAGUCGAUCAAGUAACAUAUCAAAAGCAAGCAGCCCUACCACAGGGACAGCUCCCAGGAGCCAGUCAAAGUUGUCUGUCUGUCCAUCUACUCAGGACAUCUGCAGGAUCUGUCACUGUGAAGGAGAUGAAGAGAGCCCACUCAUCACGCCCUGUCGCUGCACCGGGACCCUGCGCUUUGUCCACCAGUCUUGUCUCCACCAGUGGAUCAAGAGCUCUGACACACGCUGCUGUGAGCUUUGCAAGUACAAUUUCAUGAUGGAGACGAAGCUGAAGCCCCUCCGGAAGUGGGAAAAGCUACAGAUGACCACAAGUGAGAGGAGGAAGAUCUUCUGUUCUGUCACGUUCCACGUCAUCGCCAUCACCUGUGUGGUGUGGUCUUUGUAUGUUUUGAUAGAUCGGACGGCAGAGGAAAUCAAGCAAGGCAACGACAAUGGUGUCCUUGAAUGGCCAUUUUGGACAAAACUAGUUGUGGUGGCCAUUGGCUUCACGGGCGGUCUGGUCUUCAUGUACGUACAGUGUAAAGUCUACAUUCAGUUGUGGCGCAGGCUGAAGGCCUACAACCGUGUGAUCUUUGUGCAAAAUUGCCCAGACACUGUCAACAAGCUGGAGAAGAACUUCUCCUGUCACGUGAACACAGACAUCAAGGAUGCUGUGGCGGUACCUGUGCCACAGACAGGCUCAAACUCAGUGCCGCCUGCAGAGGGCGCCCCGCCUGAAGUCAUACCCGUUUGAUGGAACUAGCAGAGGUCACAGAAAGGAAUCUCUCCAGCCCUCGGCCACUACAGACAGAAGUGAUAAAGCUCUGGUGGCCUCCUUAUCUUCUCCUUUGCCCUACUGACUUGUUUUUGCUGAAUUGGCUCAAAAAGGAAAUGAGGAGAGAACAUCAAAGGGAACGCAUGAAGCAGAGCCCACGGUGGGACACGGAAAGGGAAGUUUGCUAGGGAACGAGUUCUAGGACAGUAAAGAAUGAUCCAUACAAGGAGUGCUUUUAGUAAGUGACGCAAGAUUUAAUGGACACGUGAUAUUCUUCAGAGUAGUGGGGAAGGAAUUCAAGAACACAGACUUCAACUGCAAUGUGUGUUUCUUUUAGGGUUUUGUAACGUUAACUCUCUCCACCGGAAAUAACAAACAUCUUCGGUCUUAAGCCUGAAAUUGUCUGCAUCAUCCUUAAGUCGUACUGGAAGCAAACGUGGAGGACCCGUGUUUUUUACACUUUGACAGCUGAUUUUUUUCGGCUAUUGUGAAGUCUGGUUACUUUGACAGAUGCAUGUUUUUAAAUGGAUGCAAUAUACAUUUGAAGAUAGAAAUGUUUGGAAUUAUGUUUAAGUCAUGAACAAAAGAUUUUCAGGGAAUUCUGGAGUUUAAUUUAGCUCUGUUAAAUUCCCACAGGAGUUGAAAGCAACCUGUAUUUUUUCUGGUCUCUUACACAGUGCUGGGCAAUAGAAAUGUAACGUAAGCUACAAAUAUAAGCAACAAAUGAAAACCUUAAUUUUUCUAGUUAGCCCCAAUAGAAAAAGUAAAAAAAAAAAAAAAAGGAUUAAUUUCAAUUAUUUAACAUUAUAUAUACAAGCUAUCUCACAUCAUCAGUGGAAACAAUUAUUAAAACAGCUUACACCUUUAGUUUUUGGAACCGAGUCUUCAAAAUCCAGCACAUAUUUCCAACACAAUUGAAUCUGACUGAAGUAUACUGGGCAGGAUGUUAAUUAAGUGUACUGGACAACAUAGCCCUAGCACUAGAGACAAACCUCUAUUUCUUUUAACAGUUGAAUAUUUCAAAGCAGCAGGUUAAUUCCUUCUUUUGUAUUGAUGUAUCAUUUAAAGGUUAUGAUUUUACAAAGCACUGAAGUCAUCAAAUUAAGUAUUCUGGUUUGAAUUAGAUAAAGCUACCAUUUCUCAAAAAGGGGAAGAAAACAAAACUAUAGGGAGAUCAGAGUCUGUAGGCAAUGUUAUGAAAUUAACUUGUUUGGUACUUAUAAAGCAAUUAUGAUAGGGCAAUAAAAAUUAAGCAUUUUUGUUGUUUAAAGUGUUAAGGUUCUAAAAUCUUAUGACAUGUCAUUUUAAUAGAUAAGCAUCAUAAACAAGAACCUCAACUCUAUGAUUAAAAAGUUGACAAUAUUUCCCUUGCUCAGCUGAGAAACAAAACUAUCCAAGAGAUUCUGUGGUAAGUAAUCCACAGGUUGCUAAGCUGCAAUAGUUGAUUACUGGGGUCUUUACACAGGCAGAGAAAACUGGUAUGAAUGAAAUUGGAGGAAGCUAAAGGAUUAUUAAAAUAGUGACCCAUCAAAGAAAGAUGACCUACAUCUUUAAAAGUGGAUUUUGUCAGCUGUCAUUUACUGUGGUGAAAAGGCAGAGAUGGCCAUAAGGACCAAGUAUAGGCAUCGCAUUGCACAACCUGGGUACCACAUCAAUGCACUUUGUAAUUAUCAGUGUUUGCUCUUCACGGAUUAUCAAAGGAGAAAGGACAAAAAUAUCCUUUCCACAAGAAGAAAGACAGAGUGAUGUUUUCAGUGAUUGACACAGUCCUAAUUGUCCCAUUCCUAGAAAUAAAGAACCAGUAAACAAUGUUAACUCGUGUGUGUGUGUGUGUGUGUGUGUGACAUGUAUAUUCAUGUAUAUAUUUGAGAGAGAUAUUAAGGUAUUCAGUCAGUCAGGGAACAAUAGGUUUAAAACUUAUCUUUCUUAAACCUUGUAGGAAGGACAUGAGUAAAUGUGCAGAGAAAACAAAACGGAGGUGAUGAAACUAGACCAGACCUUCAGCCCCAAUAAGGGCUUAAGUAACACUUUUAAAAAUCUGAUAAACUUUGCAUUAAUCUCCUGCUGAGUUUCCAUCUGAAAGAUUUAAGAUAAAUUUGAAUAACAAAGGUUUGGAUGGCUUAACCUUCACACCAUACAAGGGAUUAUACUUGGUUCAGUUUUUCUGUUAAUUUCCCCCAGUUUUUUUACUAAUCUGUGUUUUCGGGGGUUUAGCAAUGGCAAUUUUAUUUACAAAUAUUCCUGGAGAAAAAACCUAGCCAGUGCAAAGUAAUAUUGAGUUAUCUUUUUUUUUUUUUGUUCUGGGAAUAUUUACUUUAAUUACCACAGAAUUUCUGUUUUACAAGCAAGAUAGGUAAGUACAUAGUUAUUUCAGAGAGGAUCAACUAAAACCUCAAUUAUCAAGGGGUACACUAAUACUAAGAAAACAUACUAAAAUAAAAAGCAAAUAUAAACCUUGUUGCAUUAAUGAGAAAAGAUAAUAUGGUGUUUUAAAUGAUAGCUAAAUUCUUAAAGUGACCGUAUAUAGACUUUGCCUUUCUUCAAAUGAAUACAAAACCCAGCUCCUGGCAGCUAAAAAGUCAACAUUUAUUCUGCUAUAUAUAUUUUUAACCUCUUAAAACCCUAAACUGGAGCUUUAAAAAUCUACUACAGAAAAGAUUUCAUUAAAACUUCCCUGAAACUAGUGUUUAUGAUUCAAAUAAUGUGAAAUAAUCAUUCAUAUAACAGCCAGUGUUGGAGCUGGAUGCAGUGGGGCUCCCCUGUAAUCCUAGCACUUGUGAGGUGGGGGUAAUAGGGUUAGAGAACAAAGUGAUCCUCUGCUACAUGGUGAGUUUGAGUUUAAGGCCAGCCUCAAAAAAAUAAAUGAAAAAGCCCAAUACUGAAAACCUCUUUUCACAUUUGGUAUGCAUCUGCCCUUUCAAACAAGGGUUUGGUUUUUAGUGGCCUGAUUUACCUCUCAAAGAGAAAACGUGCUUUACAAAAUAACAAUACCUUGAGGCAUGCAUGUCUUACCUGUUCAUGUAAAAAGUGAAACAGAAACAAAGUACUGAAAUGCAGAAGAGAUUUAGUUUUUUAAAACUUUGGAUUUUUAUAAACAUGACAUUAAGGUGUGGUAUUAGCAACACCAUAAACAUUGAACCUGUUUAAGAUGUUAACCUUUUUUAUUAAGAGCUGACAUUUUCAUUACAUACAAUUAAAGAUCCAAUUGAAAAGGAAUGAAAUAAAAACAUUUUAAAUGUAAAGCCCCAAAGACAGGGAAACUUAAGUAUAAACAAUAAUAACAAAAACCUACAAAAAUGAGGAGGAAAAAAAUCAUAAAAGAGAAGCAAUUCCAAUAAUCUGGGAUAUAGCCUUGAGGAAAUAGAGUCUUUCUCAGAAUGUUCUAGUAUCAAGUCUAUUCAAGAGUUACUGUUUCUGGUGAUCACCCUCCCACAGACAAUCUUUAUAUAGUAUUCCUUUUGCAAAAGGUUCCUGGGAACCCUUUAAACAUCUAUUCUUCGACUGAAAAUUAGCUCAUUAGUACAAUGACAUCAUUAAGAGAAAUUACAAUGUGGAGGGGUUUGAGGUGGGAAGGUUAUUUAUUCCAUCUGCCAUAGAAUUUGCCUUGCCUUGCCAAUGAGUAUUUUGGAACACAGUAAAGGACUUAAAACUUAUUGCAUUUGUUACAAAAUUCUACAAGGAUUCUAUUUUAAUUAAGAAAGAUGAAAACCUUUUUUCCUUAAAUCAAUUCAAUGGUGCUAUUUUACAAAUCAAUACAACUGAAGGCAAAUGCUGUGAUCUGGGUUGCAGUGGCCCCACCUCUGAAGAAAGCCCAUGUUGAAAUUAGAUGUAACACUGAAACAAAGGAGAAAAAAUUGAACUGUGUGUAAUUUUCGAGAUUGGGCAUUUGUACUUCUUUAGUUUGACUUAAUUGUCUUUCAUUAACAAUUUACUGUUUGUGAAUAAUGUGUGCUUAAGACAAACUAAGGAAAACAAUUAUCUGUGAAAGACUUUGUAUAUUAAACAAAUGCUCCCAAAUUUUGGUUGCAGUUUGCCUACUUUUUGCCUCUUAUACUAGGAUUUCUGCAAAGAAUCUCUAACAUUCAAAGCCCUUAAAUUCUUGAUUUAAGAUGUGAUAGUGGUCUGGGUUUCUAAGCAGGGUCUGAACAUAAUUAUGACAAAUGUGUACUGAUCACCCUUGUGUUAUUAUGGGAAAAUCUGGGGAGUGCUACCUGGACUGUCACAAUUACUUGGGAAGUUGGGGUCCCUUUUCAGUGUUCCUUAGUCUUGUUAACAGAAGAAUUUUGAACAUACUUGGAAGGAAGCUCCAGGACGAUUUGAUUAGUGUUUAAGAGAAAAUCAACAGUGCAAGCAAGUCGGAAACCUUAUCUCAGGGGGAAAGGAGAUGAAGAGGACGGGAAAGCAGUGCCCUUCAAGUUAAACUGAUGUUUAGUAAUGGAGAUCAGACACAUGCAGACAAGCAGCCAUCUGAUGGGGAGGGAGGUCCUCAGAGGAGUGAGAAAGUCCCAAGUAGUAGAGAGAGCAUGUUAGGGUCCGUGACUUGGUGGGUCUCUUCAGGAGAACAAAUGCACGAGUAUGGAGAUGCAAAAAUCAAGCAGA